AUGGGCUUUUGGGACAUUAUCUCUGACGCAUUCUCCCGCGACGGCUCCGUCACCUGCAUCCUUGAAAAGAUCCCGGUCGUAGGGUAUGGCGUGGCUACCGUCCAAGCCAUCACCGGCAACCCCGACCACGCCAAGCGCGCCCUUGCUACCAGCACCAACAGCCUCAUCACUACUGCGGGCGCGGUCGGUGGCUUUGUUGUUGGCGGGCCUUUGGGGGCCGUCGCAGGUGGUGCUUUGGCCUCUCAAGUGGGCAUGGUCACUGAGUUUGGCAUCAGCAAAACCAUAGACGACGACAAGGUCAAGGGCGACGUCGGCGCACUAUCCAUCAAGAGAGCUCUCGUGGACGCGGCUAUCGGUGGUGCAACUGGACUGAUCGGAGGCGGGGCUGGCACUGUGGGCAAGAUCGCGAUCGAUGCCUCGACGCAAGCGGCGAGAAAUAUGGCCAUAAAAUCGGUGGCGAAUGCCAUUGCCAGCAAUACAGGAAAGGAGGCAGGAAAGGCCCGUCACUGCUGCAAGUGUGUCGCCAAUAACGGGGAUAAUGAUCCCAAACCCAAGAAAGAGAAGAUCAGAGUGGUUACCAUUGCCCAGGAGUGCGUGGCAAGGCAAGUGAACCUUGCGUGCAAAAAGUUCGCAAAGGAUGUUCCCCUGCAGGCCAUCGUUGACGCCUAUGACCAGUUCGCUCUUUACUGGGAUACCUUUGUCGUUGUGGGCAAGCCUUGGUAUAUUCUGGAAAAGGUCAUGGCGAACGCUUGGGCGAUCAACUUGCAGGUCGAACAACUUCGAGUAUUGAUGCAUGAUGACUUUAUGGAGAGGGAGUUUUAA